AUGUCGACCUCAGCGAUUCUGCUCCUUUCACUCGCGGCCCAUGUCCUUGGCCAGGCUACUCAUUCCAACGGCAUUCCCUCAGUCGGCGUCCUGUUCAGCGGCAACAUCCAAGACCAUUACUGCACGGCCAGCGUCAUUCAAAGUACGCAUGGCAAUGUGAUUCUGACCGCUGGUCAUUGCAUUAGCGGCACGGGCACAAACCUCCACUUUGCCCCCGGUUACCAUGACGGCGAAGCCCCUUAUGGGAUAUACCCCGUCACCGCGGCCUACGUCCACCCCAACUGGAACAAGGACCACGAUAUUGAGUACGAUUUCGCAUUUCUGACUCUCGGCGAAGGCAAACAUGAUGGCAAGUCUGUCAAUGUCCAGUCGGUCGUCGGCGGUAACAAAUUGAUCACCGACGGGGGCUACAAGUAUAAUGUCGAAGUCGUGGGCUACAAUGACAAGGAACAAAAGCCUGUACAGUGUCGCGUGGACACGUAUGAGGCUAAGGCUGGCCAGCUAGGUUUCAAUUGUGGUCCGUUCAAAGGCGGCACCAGCGGGUCUCCAUGGAUUGCCAACUAUGACUCUCACUCCAAACACGGCAAUGUGGUGGGUAACAUUGGCGGUUGGCACACAGGAGGGUGUACAUCUGGCACCUCGUACUCCUCGCACUACGGCUCUGGUACUCGCUCGGUCUUCGAUCGUGCCAAUGCAGGUGGUCAUGGAGACACGGUUCGGGGCGGAGCAUCCAGUGGUUGCUAG